AAGUCUCUUCGGCUCGACGGUUAGCCACUUUUGUUGAGAUUGGCUACUGGCUAGGCUACACUCUAUCUCUAACAAACAAACCUUCAUUCAUGGCGUCAAAUUCAAAGACAUCUGUAAUUGCCACCACCGGCGACGGCGAGUUCCCUCAACAAAUGAAUCUCUCAGGUUCCGUUCCUAUCAGAGCUCCUCUUACCAUUGAUGAUUCAGAUUCUGAUUUUGAUCUUUCAACUGACGCCUCUCUUUCCGAAACCGCCUCGCAUUCUGACCUAGAACAUGAACCACAUUAUACCUCUCAAAAAGAAGAAGAAGAAGAAGAAGAAGAUGAUGAUGACGAACAGUGUUUUGAAACUGACGAAGAACUUUCUCCUCUCGUCCAAGUACCUUUACGUGUUACUCCUUUCGCUCAUUUGUCUAACUACGACGAUGAGGAAAACGAAGAAGAAGAAGAUGGUGAUGAUGAUGGUGAUGGUGGUGAAAUUUUGAGUGCUGAGAGAGUGCCGGAGAAAACAUUUUCUGAAGAUACAGGUUUCGAUGUAUCCAUUGAAGCUGAAAAUGAGAUUCCCAAUGGUAAUGAAUUUGAUCAGGAAAUGGUUGUGGACGAACUUUCUACUGCUACUCCAACUGAUUUGGAUGAUUUGUUGCAGUGUUCGCGAGGCAGUUUGGAGAAUGACCAAUUUAGGAAGGUAAGAGUUGCAUUAAAUGAAUUUGAAAAUGAUGAUAUAAAAUUAUAUGGUUUAGAUACAAAUGAUGAAAUUAGGGUUCUGAUUGAUUUAAUUGAGGCUGAUGUUCUAAUGGAAAGUAAGUUGGAGAUGGAAGACACUGUGAUAACUGAUAUGGUGGACGAAACUCCCAAUGCCAGCGGCGGUUUAUUAGAAUCCAAUGCUGAGGAUUUUGUCAACAGUAUUAUGAUGCUGGAGCAGAAUACAAGUGUUGAUAAUUUAGCAGAACAGAACCCCGAAACAGGUGAAUCGCUAUCUGAUGCUUUUGCUGAAAAUAUUGAAUCUAGUAGUACAAAAACUCAAAGCACUGUGGCUAAUGGAAGUCAAGGUGUUGUUGCUUGUCAUCAAGAAAGUGAGAGUGAUAAUAUGGUAAGCAUAACUAAAUCUGUCGUCGACUCAAAAGAUACGUUGCAUGAUUCAUCUGUUGGUUUUGAAUCCAAUGGUGAUGCUUGUGAAGGUAACGAAAUUCAGGGUGUUGAGUAUUCAGAACUUUCUGAUGCGGCACUCUUUCAAGAAGAAUGUACAUAUUUGGAAAAUAGUUUGUCUGAAACUGUUUUGGGUGUUGUUCAAGAAGAUGAGCUGUUUUGUGAUAAACGUUUGCAUGAAAAUGCAGAAACAUUUAACUUGGAAGACGCUGUAAACAUAGAGGCUCCUGUGGGGCUAAACAUAGUAAGACAAGAGGCAAAAGGAGAUGGUUUUGCUUUGGAUGAAGAUGUGGAAAAAUUGAUGUCAGUUCGCCUUGAGCAGUUUAGGGAACAAAUUUCAGCACUCUCGAUUCUUUUGGGUUCAAUAGGUUCUGGAAAGAACUCUAAUGAAGAACGGACAUUCAUUAGUCCACAUGGAAGAAGGAACUUACCAAAGAAUGGCGGGAGAAGUCAAUUAAUUUAUUUUGACAGUGAUGGUGAAUCAGAUUGCAACUCAGUUACAGUUACUUUUGCUGAUCAAUCCAAUGUUCUUUUUCUCAAAGGUCCAGAUAGUUUCAGUUCCUUAUCAGGUGGUGACACUCGAGAUGGGUUCCAACACAACAUAAGUGAAGCAGAGAAGGAGAAGAUACACAAUAUACAGACGAUAUGUGUGAAAUUCUUGAGGCUUAUCCAGCGAGUGAAUUUUUCUCUUGAAGAUUCCUUGGUCUCAAAAGUUUUAUGCAGGUUGGUUGCAGAUAUUGGAAGGCGCUCAAACCAAGAAACUGUCAUUAGUUCAGCAAAAACAUUAGCAAAGAAGCUCGAAGAAGAUUCGGAGGAUGAUUUAGACUUUUCUUUGAACAUUCUGGUUCUUGGCAAAAGUGGUGUGGGAAAGAGUGCAACCAUUAAUUCUAUUUUUGGUGAUACAAUGGUCACUACAGAUGCAUUUGAACCCGCCACAACAUCUAUAAAAGAGGUUUCUGGAACUAUAGAUGGAAUCAAGAUCAGAAUCCUUGACACACCAGGUCUCAGGUCCCCUAUGAAGGAGCAAGCUUUCAACAGAAAGAUACUGUCAUCGGUAAAAAGGUAUAUGAAAAAGUUUCCUCUGGAUGUCAUUCUCUAUGUUGAUAGAGUAGAUAUCCAGACCACAGAUCUUAAUGAUUUACCAAUAUUAAGGUCAAUCACAAGCACUCUUGGUCCAUCAAUAUGGCAACAUACAAUCCUUACUCUCACUCAUGCUGCUUCUACUUCUUUGGACGGUCCAUCGGGAUCCCCUCUGAGUUAUGAAGUAUUCGUUGCUCAAAAAUCCUAUCUUUUUCAACAAUCAAUCAUCAAAGCAGUUGGUGAUCAGUGUCAAUUGAGCUCAAGUUUCAUGUGUCCAGUGUCUCUUGUCGAGAACCAUCCAUUCUAUGGAAAAAAUAUAUCUGGGGAGAGUGUGCUUCCCAAUGGACUUAGAUGGAGAAGCCAGUUAUUAGCUUUGUGUUUCACUCUGAAGAGCCUAUCCCAAGUGUCUUCUGUUUCAAUACCUUGUACUCUGUUUGAUAAUUGGAAGCAGUUUUUCUUACAGGAUCAUUCACAGCCUCUGUGCCAUCUAUGUUCUUGUUUGUUGCAGUCUCCUGCUCAUCAUCUAAAAUUCACUUCCAAUUGGAAUUGACUUGGCUAUUCAUCUGGCAACUGUUUUUAAUGAAUAUAGAAAUAUCCUAAAUGGUUGUCGAAGGCCCCUAAAAAGAAAGUCUUGAGAAGAGGAGGUAAGAUGAUUCUGGCACAUCAAAAACAUUAGUCUUACGGAGAGUCCAAAGGAGAAGUGUUAGUGUUUCUGUUUACUUCAAGUCCCGGCUUAUGGCGAUGCCAAUUCUCGGUUGCCAUGACUGGGACAAUAAUCUUUAUUGCCAGAUUGUCAACUCUGCAAAAACAUUGGUACAUUGUAGGUAUAACUUUAAUGCUGAUUUAAGAUAACGAAAUUGUACUAAAUAUUCCUCUGCCUUGUUUGUAAAAGAGCCUGAAAUGCUACUCCACUAACAAUGUUAUAAUUA